AAAAUCCGUACCUUUGCUGUAGCAAUAGUAGGUGUUGGUGGAGUUGGUAGUGUGACGGCUGAAAUGCUGACAAGAUGUGGUAUUGUUACUCCUCUUUGACUAUGACAAAGUAGAACUGGCCAAUAUGAACAGACUUUUCUUCCAGCCUCAUCAAGCAGGACUGAGUAAAGUUCAAGCAGCAGAACAUACUUUAAGGAACAUUAAUCCUGAUGUUCUUUUUGAAGUACAUAACUAUAAUAUAACCACAAUGGAAAACUUUCAACAUUUCAUGGAUAGAAUAAGUAAUGGUGGGUUAGAAGAAGGAAAUCCUGUUGAUCUAGUUCUUAGCUGUGUGGACAAUUUUGAAGCUCGGAUGGCAAUAAAUACAGCCUGUAAUGAACUUGGACAAACAUGGAUGGAAUCUGGGGUCAGUGAAAAUGCAGUUUCGGGGCACAUACAGCUUAUAAUUCCUGGAGAAUCUGCUUGUUUUGCGUGUGCACCACCACUUGUAGUUGCUGCAAAUAUCGAUGAAAAGACUCUUAAACGAGAAGGCGUUUGUGCAGCCAGUCUUCCUACCACUAUGGGAGUGGUGGCGGGAAUCUUGGUACAAAAUGUGUUAAAGUUUCUAUUAAAUUUUGGUACUGUUAGUUUUUACCUUGGAUACAAUGCAAUGCAAGAUUUUUUUCCUACUAUGUCCAUGAAGCCAAAUCCUCAAUGUGAUGAUAAAAAUUGCAGGAAGCAGCAGGAAGAAUACAAGAAAAAGGUAGCAUUAUUGCCCAAACCGGAGACUGUUCAAGAAGAGGAAGAGAUAAUACAUGAGGAUAAUGAGUGGGGUAUUGAGCUGGUAUCUGAGGUUUCAGAAGAGGAAUUGAAAAAUUCUUCAGGUCCAGUUCCUGACUUACCUGAAGGAAUUACAGUGGCAUAUACAAUUCCAAAAAAGCAAGACGACUGUGUACCUGAAGUAACAGUAGAAGAUUCUGGAGAAAGCUUGGAAGACCUCAUGGCCAAGAUGAAGAAUAUAUAGAUUAUGGACUGGCAUAUAUUUUACUUUUUCUGUGUUUAAGCCUAUUCUCUUGAAAUUAAAAAAAAAAUUCAAAACUGAAAAAACUUAGGGCAAGAUUAACUAAUGUAUGUAAUCUUCACUAAAUUGUUAUACUUUAUUAAAAUACUGUAGCUGUUGCUCUUUGCUCCUCUUUCCAACUAAAUCUAAUAGCUGUCCUAAAAGGUUUGCCUUCAGAGUACAUAUAUUAUAGCAUAUCCACCAAAAUAUCUUGGCCUUUUGAAGGUUGGGGAAGGAUCAAUCUGAUUCUAUAGUCUUUAUUUCUUUCUAGUAACCCCUUGUAGUCUGUGAAAAGGACAUAGACAAUAAAGUAGUACAAACAAAAGGAGGACAGGUGCAGCCUAUUGAUCAGAGCUGGCAAGUGUCUGUCACUGUGUUUGGUUCUACAAGAAAAUUGCCCAGAAUUACUAUCUUGACCAACAGUGAUUUUUAAAUACUUAACCCAUAAAAUGAAAUUAUCCUCUCCAGUGUUUUUGGAUUUAAUACAAGCUGCAAUGUAAUCAUUGGAGAAGUUUAUAAGUUGUGAAUUAUAUACUCAAAACAAGACAAAGGCAAGUAAAUGGAACCUGUCUUCAUGGGUAGGUAGAUAAAGGUACUUUCAGGAAAGUCAAAUUUUAUUUUAUUCUGCACUGACCAUGGAAAAGAAAUCAUUGUUAUCUGUAGCAUAUAUAUCUUGAGUUUCUGCACUUUAUUGGAAAACAAGGUAUAAAUUUAGACUGAUAUCCACAUUAUACCUACCAAAUAGGCUACUUCCAAAUAUUUCAUUUAAAUUUGAUACUUAAGGUAGUGAGAUAUAGACAAGGGUUGUCCUGGCCAGUAAAUAUGAAAGAAGAGUUUUAAAUUACCUCCACAAUGACUAAUAUAUACUGCUUCCUUGGAGGAGGCUCAUUUCCUGAUUGUGACUACUAAAUCGUAAAUUGAUAUAAACUGGUUUUCUCUGGAGUUAACAUACAAAUAGCAAAGUUUUAGCAUUGGUUGGAGUAAAUUCUCAAUGGUUUGGAGACCAAUAAACAACAUGUAAGUGUAACCAUUGCCAGUAGGCUGUUACUAUGCUAAUAUCUUAUUUUGAUGAUUGUUCCUUUGAAGAUAUGAAUGUCCAGGUUGUAUAGGUUGUAUCUACAGGGGGAAAAUGUUAGUAAAAAGUUAAAAGUACAUUCCCUACUUGUAAAAUAAAGUUCUAAAAACUGGUUUCAGAAAUAUAUUCAGUAUAUUAGUUUUGUGAUUCUAGAAUUACACUGUGAUUUUCAUUAUUAUAGUAAAAUGAGGAAAUAGGAGGAUAGUUUUUUAAAAAAUAUUUUUAGUUAUAGAUGGAUACAGUAUCUUAUUUCAUUUAUUCAUUUUUUUUAAUGUGGUGCUGAGGAUUGAACCUAGUGCCUCACAUGUGCGAGGCAAGCGCUCUCCCACUGAGCCACAACCCCAGCCCCAGGAGGAUGGUUUUUCUAGCCUUAAAACUUCCUUAUGUUGCCUUGGUGAGUCUUUUACCAUUAAAAAAAAAAAAAAUAGUGCAUUGAAUUAUAGAAUAGCUCUUCUAGUUACUAAAGAUGUUUUGGAUUUUUAAAAUGAAAUGUGGUCUUUCUACAAUAAUUCUGCUUCAGAAACUGGUACAUAAAUUUGGUAAGGUCUUACUUAUAAAUUACUGUUUGAUUCAAUAAAGUAUAUAGAUUUCACCAUCUGAAGACCUUUAUUUGGUCUUAUACUGGUACAGCAUCAUGGCUGAUGUCUUAACUACACCAAAUUUUACUUAUUUUAAUUUUUUUUGGGGGGGAGGGUUCUAAUAUCUUUCAUAAACUAUUGGAUUAUUUUAUCAGAAAAAAUAUGGUAAACGGUAUCUCUUGCAACUUGGAGUGAAUGCUUUCUUGACAGUCUGUGUGCCAUGAAAACUUGUGUUAAGUAGGCAGCCAAUUAUGAGGAACUGAUCAUGACAGAAUUUUGCAUUAAAUAAACCCAGAGUAUUUGGUUAGACUUGAAGACAGUAGAGAUUCUAAUGUGAAAGAGGGAAAAGAAGUAACAAUACUGCCUUAGCAGACUCUAACAAAUCACUCUUUCAUUUCUUUAUUAUCAUCAUUAAUGGAAAAUUAAUAUAUGGUCUGCUCAGAUUUUUUUUAUGUAGUAGAGAAUGUAUGUAUUAUGGUUUUCUUAUAAAUACUCCCUGGAUACUUAGCCCGUCCAAUACAGAAAAGUCUGUACUUUUUAAGAAUAUAUUUAAGGAAGCUUUGACUCCUCA